AUGGUUUCAGCAUAUUCAGUUGGAAAUGGUAAAAGAUCCAAUGAAGCUCAAUAAGGACCUGAUACUCCAGGACCUGGAUAAUACUCUGGAGACAAAAAACAAAAAUACACUCCCCCCAGUUACAAGUCUCAAUUCUUCAUUUAUAUUAGGAUUCCACAAGCACAAAGAUAAACUUUUUAAUCAAGUUUCACUCCAGGACCAGGAGCAUAUGCUUCUUCUGAUGUAUGACUUCUAUAUAACUUAGAACCUACUCAAAGGACCAAAGUUUUCUUUUGCUGGCAAAAAACAAUAAUCUGUUACAUCCUUUUAACCUGGACCAGGAGCCUAUAAUGUAAAACCGACCAAACAAGCACCUUUAUAUAGUUUUGGUGGUAAAUAUGGAACACAUCCUGAUGAUUAAUAACCUGGACCAGGAGAAUAUUAAUUAAGUAAAUAAUUAGAUGCUCCAACCAUGAAGUAAUUCUAUCUAUUAUAUAAUAGGUUUCCUCGAUCAAAGAGAGAUGAUCCACAUUCUGAAAAAGUUCCUGGACCAGGAGGUAUCAUUACUUUUUUUAUUAUAUACAAGCCUACAAAUAGGAUAGACCUGAAUCAGCCCCUAAAUAUCGUUUUGGUAAUUCAUAAAGAAGAGGAUUAUAUGACAAUGAACUUGGAAAAGUUCCAGGACGUAUAUCAAUUCAUUAAAUAAUUAGCUGGACAAUACAAUUAUUAAUCAUAAUUUGAAUCUGUGUAAACUAAGGGCUUUACUUUGGUCUCUAGGAAGGAACAAAUUACACAAUAACUUGUUGUUCCUGGACCUGGAGCUUAUGAUCCAUAACAAAUUAAAAGACCUCCUUCCUGUAAAAUUGGCAAGUCAAUGAGAGGAUUAUAAUUUGCUAAUCCAAAUCCAGGACCAGGAGAAUAUGAACCACAACUUGAUACUAUUCGUCCUUAAUCAGCUAUGGUCAGAGUAGGAUCAGCUACUAGAAGACCGCUGAACGACGUGAAAGGAGUACCAGGACCUGGUACUUAUGAUUUACCUUCCAAAAUGGUUGAAGGUCCAUAAGUUAAAAUUUUAGGUCAUAAAUAUGAUCCUGUCUAAGCUUAAAAGGAUUAGAUACCAGGACCAGGUUAAUAUGAACGUCCAAUUAUGUAAAGACCAUAAUCAGCAAAGUAUAAUUUUUCAGAAAUAUAAUUAUAAGAAUAGGAACAUCUAGAAGAUAGGAACUUAAUUCUACUUUAGAAGUUCCAGGACCUGGACAAUACAAACCUAAAGAUAAAUUAGGAGGGCCUUGUUGGGGUUUUGGUACUAGUAAACGACCACCAUUGAAUCCUAAGAAUGAGACUCCUGGACCAGGUGGUUAUGAUUAAGGAAAUGAAUUUGGAUCUUUACCAAAAUAUGCUAUGAAGAAGAUACCAUGA